AUGAGUGAAGCAAAACCUGCAAAGUCACCCAUGGACCCGGGAUAUUUGAAGGAUCAGUCUGAAAGCAAGCCGUUGGAGAAUGCGGCUAAAUACGGAAGCGUCGUUGGAAGUUUGCUAUACGUGUCGGUAGUAGCUAGGCCGGAUAUAGCGAAUAGCGCCGCCAUUCUUGGACGAACGUUUAGUAAUCCAACUGAGUUAGAUUGGACAGCGGCUAAGCGUGUCUUGCGAUGUCUGAAGAAGACGAAGAACUAUACGUUACGUUUAGGUGGUGCGUUCGAUGAACCACUUUCAGGCUACUCGGACGCAGACUGGGCCGGCGAUUUACAGAGUCGAAGAUCAACUUCUGGAUAUGCGUUUAUGUUCGGUGGAGCUACAAUCUCAUGGGCUAGCCGUGGACAGUCGAGUGUUACCUUAUCGUCCAUCGAAGCCGAAUACGUGGCGCUCAGUGAGGCAUGCCAAGUGGCCAUCUGGUCUCGCUGCUGCUCGCUGAUUUCGGAGAGCAUCAAACGGGACCAACUACAAUCAAGGAUGUCUCGCUUUCGUUCGUACUAA